UGUGACGUCGCGGUGACGUCACGGCCAGCUGAGCAGCAGCAGCAGGAGGAGGAGGAGGCGACGUCUCCCGCCGUCGCCCACUCCGCCGCUCUCCCCUUUUUAUUUUUAUUUAUCUUUAAUUUCUACUAAACAUUUUUUACGCCGUUGCGACUUUGCCCCCCACCCCACCCCCACCAUCACCUCGCGUCGUCGUAUGUUCAAUUGUUAGCGCUGGGUUGUUGUUGUUGGCUGUUGCUACUCGCCGUUGGCGGCCGAUAGAGCAACCGGGUGGUCUUGUUCGGUGUUAGAGACCCACACACAACACACACACAACGACAACAACAACAACAUCACCGUACACAACAACCACUCAUAUUUUAUUAUUAUUAUUUAAUUCAACCCAUCGUUCGCGGGCGGCCGUGUCGCAGCUGGCUCCGGCAGCUGGGUGACGCACGGCACCCGCCGCGGCGCGCAACUCUGGCCUCCUCUUCAGACUCCGAGGCCGGUGGAGCUUCCCCGCCGCCACGCAAGAAACAGCGGCUCGGCCCGCCGGGCAUGCAGGCCAACGGCGCCGCCUCGACCACCUCCGCCUCCACCUCUACCACCACUGGAGCCGCCGCAGCCGCCGCCUCCUCCUCGUCGUCGUCGUCCCCGUCCGCGUCCACGUCCACGUCGUCCUUAGUCGCCACCGCAGCGGCAGCUUCAAGCUCGACUCGAAACGGAGAGAGCAGCGCCGAGGAAGUCUCGGCGUCGUCGCCGCCGACACCAACAGGACUCCCAACUGCGGGAGCUGGAGGAGGAGGAGGUGGUGGAGGUGGUGGUGGAGGUGGUGGAGGAUCGUCCUCUCGACCCGGCUCGCCGCCCCAAGCCAACGGGGUUGGCGGGGGCUCAGCUGCCGGGUCGGGGCCGGCGGGGGCGGCCGCCAGACGGAAGAAGAGGCUGUCGCAGACGGACGAGGACAUAAUCCGUCUGGUCGGGCAGCACCUACACGAGAUGGGGCUCAGCCAAACUGUCGACCUACUAAUGCAGGAAUCCGGCUGUCGGCUCGAACAUCCUGCAGCCACCAAAUUCCGCAGCCAUGUCACGGAUGGCGAGUGGGAGAAGGCUGAAGCUGAUCUAAAUGAGCUGAAACCUCUUGUGCAUUCGCCCAACGGAACCGUGCGCAUGAAGUUCCUCCUCUUGGAGCAGAAGUACCUGGAGUACCUGGAAGAUGGCAAGCUGCUGGAGGCGUUGCAGGUGCUGCGCCAGGACCUCACCCCUCUCAAGUACAACACGGAGCGAAUUCACAUGCUCAGUGGGUACCUGAUGUGCAGUAAUCCAGAGGACCUUCGAGAGAAGGCUGGCUGGGAGGGCAAGGGGCCUCUCUCCCGUGCCAAAUUACUGGACAAGCUUCACACAUACUUGCCUCCUUCGGUGAUGCUGCCACCACGCCGCCUGCACACGCUGCUGCACCAAGCUGUGGAGCUGCAGCAGGACCGCUGCCUAUAUCACAACACGCGGCUAGAUCCCAGCCUCGACUCUGUGUCGCUGCUCAUCGAUCACAUGUGCAGCAAGAAGCAGUUUCCAUGCAACACACGCCAGGUGCUCACGGAGCACUGCAAUGAGGUGUGGUACUGUAAGUUUUCCAACGAUGGCACCAAGCUGGCCACCGGCUCCAAGGACUCCACUGUUAUUAUAUGGCAGGUGGACCAGGAGAGCUUCCAGCUGAAGCAGGUGCGUACGCUGGAGGGACAUGCCUACGGCGCGUCCUACCUGGCGUGGAGCCCCGACGACGUGCACAUCAUCGUGUGUGGCCCUGACGACUGCUUCGAGCUCUGGCUUUGGAAUGCACAGACCGGCGAGCUAAGAGUGAAGAUGUCUCAGUCCCAUGAAGACAGCUUGACAUGCGCUGCCUGGAACCCCGACUGCAAGCGCUUUGUGACAGGAGGGCAGCGGGGACAGUUCUACCAGUGUGACCUGGAUGGCAAUGUGCUGGACUCGUGGGAGGGCGUCCGCGUACAGUGCCUCUGGUGUCUGGGUGACGGCAAGACCAUCCUGGCGUCGGACACCCACCAGCGGAUACGCGCGUACAACUUUGAGGAGCUCACCGACCGAAAUAUUGUACAAGAAGACCACCCAAUAAUGUCUUUCACGGUGUCAAAGAAUGGGAGACUUGCACUGCUAAAUGUAGCAACUCAGGGAGUGCACCUUUGGGACCUGCAGGACCGCGUGUUGGUCAGGAAAUACCAGGGAGUGACGCAGGGCUUCUAUACCAUCCACUCGUGCCUGGGCGGCCACAACGAAGACUUCCUGGCCAGCGGCAGUGAGGACCACAAGGUGUACGUUUGGCAUCGCAAGCGGGAGAUGCCGAUUGCGGUGCUGACGGGGCACACCCGCACAGUGAACUGUGUGAGCUGGAACCCGGCAGUGCCUGGCAUGCUGGCCAGCGCCUCCGACGACGGCACAGUGCGCAUCUGGGGGCCAGCGCUCGACGCCGACGACAUCGAAGAUGGGCUGUGCAGCAUGGAAAGCUGACAUGAUGUGGGCAAAGAAGCCAUGUGACAACAUCUGCAGCACCCAGCCGGGUCCCUGACACUGAGGCCAAAGCACUCGGUCUUGCUGUCCACCACCAAUAUCACAACAGCCACCAAGGAGCACUCAGUUGAAGCAAGUGAUGUCUUGUUACGAGUUACAUUUCUUCUUGUUGCGUUAAAUUAACAGCUUCACAUGUGUAUAUGGCUGGCUGAGCAGCAGUCAUUUUGCCCUCAUUUUUGAGCAUGGUGCGUCUUCCGAUACAAAAUUCCCUUUGAGACUCGCCAAAGUGCAAGGUCGCAACUUGACGCAAACCGUAUAAAUAUAAUGGGAGUUUUUUCGGCUCAAAAUGCUGCCAUCUUACAUAACACAACGUGAACAUAUUCUGGUCCCCAAAAAGCCCAGUCUGUACAUAGCCACGACCUGGAAAGUAUUCCAGAGGAAAAAAAAAUGCCCGAGUUUAUUUCAGCUGGUGGAUAAUGGAAUGAAGUUGGUUAACAGUGUGUAGUAGUUGUUUGUAAGACUGGUAAUAACUCAUUUUCACUGUCUUAGCCCCUGUUCUCUUCUGUGCUGAGUUCUAAAAAGGACACCAGUCAUUUAAACCACAACAUGGCUUUGGCACUUUGAGCUUUUGUAUACUUUUGCGUUUUUCCCCAGAAUUUUUAUUGCAGUGUUUUAAACUUUUAUGGAGGCUUGUACAUUAUGCUACAAUGCUAAAAAUGGGGGGUUAAUGGGGGUUCAUGUUUGGUAUGAUUAAAAAAAAUCAUUUGUGGAACGGUGGUUUAGACUACUUGUUUAAAAGUGUAUGCAAUGUUUAAAAAGUUUAAUAAAUCGCCACUAGAACA